CCCCUGUUUCUUAAACCUUCCCCUUCCCUCGGACUCUCGCCUCCCUUGCUCUUCCUUCCCUGGCGGCGACGACUGGGCGAGCGGCGGCGCCAUUUGUAACGUCUUCGCCCAGCCCUUUGCCGGCGAAGAGCAUCAACCAGGGUGCCGUGUCAAUUUUGAAGCUUUUCACAUGGAUUCAGCAGCACAAGACUUCCAACCCAGGACAUUCUCCAUCAAGCUGUGGCCACCAAGUGAAAGCACACGCCUCAUGCUUGUAGAGAGGAUGACCAAGAACCUGUCCACUGAGUCCAUAUUUUCCCGCAAGUAUGGACUUUUGGGCAAGGAAGAGGCUCAUGAGAAUGCUAAAAGGAUUGAACAACUGUGCUUUGCAUCUGCAGAUGAGCAUUUCAAGAAAGAACCUGAUGGUGAUGGGAGUUCUGCUGUCCAGCUGUAUGCUAAAGAAACUAGCAAGAUGAUGUUGGAAGUUCUUAAGAAAGGCCCAAGGAUCACUGCAGAAUUAGAAGCACCAGUAGCUGAUGCACCUCUUGGGCCUGGUGAUACUGUAUUAGAUAUAUCUGGUGGCAAGCGUGCCUUUAUCGAGGCAGAUGAAGCAAAGGAACUGCUGAGUCCACUUACCAAACCAGGAAACUCAUAUAAAAGGAUUUGCUUUAGCAACAGGAGCUUUGGUAUUGAUGCUGCUAAUGUUGCUGGACCUAUUCUCGAGUCAGUUAAGAAUCAGCUUACAGAGGUAGAUAUAUCCGAUUUUGUUGCAGGAAGGCCAGAGGACGAAGCUCUUGAUGUGAUGCGCAUAUUCUCCAAAGCACUAGAGGGCUCUGUACUGAGAUAUCUAAACAUAUCCGACAACGCACUAGGUGAGAAGGGUGUCAGGGCAUUCAGUGAGCUCCUGAAGUCACAGGAAAAUCUGGAGGAACUCUAUGUCAUGAACGAUGGCAUAUCAGAAGAUGCUGCAAAAGCUCUUUCUGAGCUUAUUCCUUCAACUGAGAAGCUUAAGGUUCUUCACUUCCACAACAACAUGACUGGAGAUGAAGGUGCUGUGUAUGUUGCUGAAAUGGUUAAGCGGUCUCCAAAUCUGGAGAGUUUCAGGUGCUCAGCAACAAGGAUAGGAUCUGAUGGUGGUGUUGCGUUGUCCGAGGCAUUGGGGACAUGUACACAUCUGAAGAAACUGGAUCUUAGGGAUAACUUGUUCGGUGUUGAUGCAGGGAUUGCUCUCAGCAAAACCCUUCCAAAGCUUCCUGAUCUCGUUGAGCUUUACCUCAGUGACCUCAAUCUUGAGAAUAAGGGUACAGUAGCAAUUGUCAAUGCCCUCAAACAGUUAGCACCUCAGUUGGAAGUCCUUGAAAUGGCUGGAAACGAAAUAAAUGCCAAAGCAGCCCCAGCUUUAGCAGAAUUCCUAACAGCCAUGCAGUCACUCAAGAAGCUGACCUUGGCUGAGAAUGAACUCAAGGAUGCCGGUGCUGUGAUUAUUGCAAAAUCUUUGGAAGAUGGCCAUGCACAUCUGAAGGAACUUGAUGUAAGCACAAACAUGUUUCAGAGGGCUGGAGCACGCUGCUUUGCACGGGCAGUUGCAAAUAAACCUGGUUUUGUGCAACUGAACAUCAAUGGUAAUUUCAUCUCCGAUGAAGGGAUUGAUGAGGUGAAAGAUAUUUUGAAGGCUGGUAAGAAUUCGCUGGAUGUUCUGGGCUCACUAGAUGAGAACGAUCCUGAGGGGGAUCCUGAUGACGAUGAUGAUGAGGAGGAUGAUGAAGAUGCCAAGGAUGAUGACGAUGAGGACGGGCUGGAUUCGAAGCUGCAGAACGUACAGGUGGAGCAGGAUGAUUAACCAUGCUUAGGUUAACUAGCUCUAGCUUUUGGUCCAGUAAUCUUCUGAAUACCAGCUACCCUAGACUUUUAGUUGUGAGCAAAUGCACUAUGGCUCCACCAUUUGGAACUGAGUCAAGCAGCCUGGUGAUCUAUCCUUGCCGUUUAUCAGAACCUGUUGUAACUCCUGAACUUCGGUAUCUGUGGUUGUCAGGGUCAGGUGAAGCUGACUUGAACUUUAUUUCAUGGACCCUAUAUAUUUAGUACUCCAACUUAUUUGCCGUGAUGUUUUCGGGCGCUUCACUGGUUUAUUUGCAAUCUGUGCUAUUGUAGCAUGUAUGGAUGUUUUCUAUGUUUUUCUUUUAUAUAAUGAUGUUGCCUA